AGACGAACUUCUCGUUUAAUGACGGUGAUCUUCGGCUGAAGUAGCGCGUCAGGCCUGCAGGCGUCGCUCGUUCCUUCUUGGGUUGAAGACGCUGGAGGGCUCUGACUGUGUUGUAGGGGAUAUGGCGGCUGUACGCAGUUUGCGGGUUUCAGUGAAACCAGAAACGGGCUCAGACCGUUCAGAGUCUGCCUCAGAUUCGGAAUCUGACCGGGACCCCCGCGAACCGGAGCCCAUGGAGGUGGAGGAAGGGGAACUCGAGCUGGAGGCCAUUCCUGUCCGACGGUCCUUGAAGGAGCUCCUGCCGGACACUAGCCGACGGUAUGAGAACAAGGCUGGAACCUUUAUUACAGGCAUCGAUGUUACUUCCAAGGAGGCAGUGGAGAAGAAGGAACAGAGGGCCAAGCGCUUCCACUUCCGUGCUGAGGUGAACUUGGCCCAAAGGAAUGUUGUGCUGGAUAGGGAAUUGCUGAGGAAAGCAAUUCCCAAACUGCGACCAGAAGCACUGCAUGUGUGUGGUGUUGAUGAAAUGAGCACCCAGGAUGUUUUUGGAUAUUUCAAGGAGUAUCCCCCGGCCCAUAUCGAGUGGAUUGAUGACACUUCCUGCAAUGUUGUCUGGCUGGAUGACAAUACGUCCACCCGUGCACUCAUCAACAUCAGCCGUAUGCCUGAUGUAGAGGCCAGUCCUGCAGAACCUAGCAGCGCGACGGACACUAGGACAGCAGCUCAGGAGCACAGGACUCGGAGGGAACGGGGUUCUGAUUCUGAUGAUGAGGAGGAAGAGGAAGGAGAGGUGGGCGAUGAUGAUGAUGAUGAAGGCGUGAAACAGAAGAGUGGUGUGGGCAGUGAAGGCGGGGCUGAUGAGCUUGAGAACAAGGCAGACAAGGUGCCUGCACCUGAGAGCACACAGGUGGACCCGCUGUCCCAGGCAGAAAAAGAAUCACUUCUCCGUAAUGACCUCCGACCUGCAAUCAGGCCCUUCAAGGGUAACAAGCUCUUCCUGAGGUUUGCCACUCAGGAUGAUAAGAAAGAAUUGGGUGCUGCCAGGCGGAGUCGUUACUACAUGAAGUAUGGGAACCCCAACUAUGGCGGCAUGAAGGGGAUUCUUACCAAUUCUUGGAAGCGCAGGUUUCACACACGUAAAAUCCAAAGGGAUGUCCUGAGGACCAAGAAGCCCCUGAUUGGGGAUGGCAUGGGCCACACACCCCCCUACACACACAGGCACUCAGAUUUGGUGAACUUACCUGAGGAACCAAUUGAGGAAGAGGAGGAAGAUGGGGAGGAGGACAUGGAUGAAGAUGACCGGUUGGUGGAGUACUGGGAGGAACGGCAGCGGGACCACUGCCGGGACCGGGGUCUGCGCGCUGGUGCAGUGGGAACACGCAAGGCUGGUCCUACCUCUGGCUCUUCAGACUCAGACGAGAUGGACUAUGACCUGGAGCUGAAGAUGAUCUCCACACCCUUGCCCAAGAAGAGUAUGAAGAUGACCAUGUAUGCAGAUGAAGUGGAGAACAACCUCAAGAACCUACGAAACUCAACACGUACAGAUGUGAGAAAUCGCAUUGGUAGCGGAGCCAAAUCUGGGGGGGAGAAGGUGAUGGAUGUGAGGCAGCUGUUGGAUGAGAAGCGGCAGGGUCUGUCCCAGCAGCAGCACCCGGUUUCUUCCAGGACAGAUGUACGGCAGAGGCUGGGAAAAAGGCCCUAUUCACCAGAGAGCCGUCGGUCUCCAUCGCCUCCUGCUCAGAGGGAUCAUCAUCCUCGUCGAGAGCCUUUGACAGAUGUGCGAAGCCGCCUCGGUGUGCCCAAGCAUGACUCUCGUAGGCAGUACCAUGAAACAACCAAAGAGAGUAAGCCAGAAGGCAGUCUGUGGAGCAGACUGGGCUCACUGCCAAAGGACACGUCUCCUGACAAGAAGGUGGCAGGUGAGGCAGCGGUGCCCCGAAGGGCAAGAGGGGGUGAAGAAGAAGACUCAGAGCUUCAGAGAGUGUGGGGUGCCCUGAUCAAGGAGAAGGAGCAGCAGUCUCACAGGAAGAAGAAGAAGAGCCGUCUGGACAGCUUGCCCUCCCUGCAGAUUGAGAUCAGCCGUGACAGCAGCAACACCUCCGACAGCGAAUCCUGAAGGGGCCAUCAGCAGGCUGAGGAGGAUGGGGAGGGUCUGUCAUGGGCAGGAAAUAAAGGGGGACUUGAAAGGGUGGCAUCGGGUGAAAAAGAGUGAGAGAAAUUGCAUUAGAGGACCAACAUAUUGAAGCUGCAACUGGAAGAGAGCCCCCCAGUCACUAUUCUCUAGCACUCUUGUUUGCACUUCAGCAUUUCAGUCCACCUAGUGCCACCAGGUGGCAGAACCUAUGUGUGAACAUUACAUUUGACUUUAGAGAAAUAAGAGAAUCGGGACUGAUUUAGAUUCUGCAGUUUACCUGAAAGAAACACUGUAAUUUUCAGUUUUUAAAAAUUAAAUGUCACUUUUCUUAUUUCCAUUUGAAGAGUCUGUGGAAGGACCUCUGUGCUUCCUGUUAAGACAAACGGAAGCUGACAGACAACCUUUUGUUAAAUGUGCCCCCAUAAUUGUUUCAUAAAAUGUUACAUUGAUCAGCUACUGUUGUUUUGUCUGUUAACAUAAUAGGAAGUGCAAAGCUCUUUGUGCAGUACUUUACUCACAAAAGUCAGCCCUUAGUAAAAUGCGUAUAGUUGUGCUCAAGCAAUUUCUUUCAGAAGAUUAAUCUGAGCUCAACCACAGGUGGGGAAUGAAAGACUCCACACUACAUUGGAUUCUUCCUUGGCUCAGGUAAUGCGGGAGGAGCUUGAAGUCCCUCGGAGAAAUCUGUAUGCCCCUGGAAUUGCUUGAUGACCUAACCAUACUUGCAGUUCCCCAUGUUAAGGAAGAUAGCGGAAGGGACCAAAACCCAAGUUUCAGUUAUGAUUUAUACUGAUUUCACAAAGAAAGGUCAUUGUGAAAAGUAAUUGAUGUGAGCUCAUCUUGAUAGGAUUUCAUGUGUGUACUAGGGAGGGUGGAAAAUGGGUGGAAUGCUUUCUCAGGAGUGCCCACCUUUCAGCAGU